UAUUAAAACCUCUCUCACCUUGUGCCCCCUUGUAUACAUAACAUGGUUUAAGAAUACACUAGAGCUUGGGUGUGACCCUUUUAUUGGAUUGGGCAUUGGGAGAUACAGAGAAAUCUAGAGAGGAACAGUUGUAGGAUGAAUUGAAGUCUAAACAUUCCAAGAGCUGGAUAAUACAUGAAGAUGGAUGUAUGGAGCUUCGACAGGAGAGCGUUGAUCGCGGAGCACCAUCUGUUGCGAUCUCGAGGAAUCCCUCAUCUUCCUCCUCGGCAUUUGUCUCAGCAAAUGAGUCCCCUUUCUUCUCCCCGUGCUUUCAAUCCGCACCCGAUCUCGCGACAUCCUAUCACAGUGCUCCAAACGGCGGCAUCGUUCUAAGUUUAUGCACUCCGACUACUUACGGAACGCCAGUCACCGUUUACAACAAUCCUAGUGCAGUUUCCUCCUUCGUUGGCGAUUGCAAUGGCGAUUCGCCGCAUACUAAUGAAGGAACCAAUAGUGGUAAGUUGGUUUGUAGAGAGAAGCAGAAGAGAUCGAGAAGAAGCCGAGAAAGCGGGAAAAGCUUUUCAUUUUCUCGCGCUCCUGCUUCUGCUUCUGCUUCUGCUUCUGUUUCUUCCACUGCAUAUCGGGUUAGGAGCUGCGAUGUGUAUAUAGGAUUUCAUGGGCAUAAGCCUUCUUUGUUGCGAUUCGUUAAUUGGCUCCGUGCCGAAUUGGAGAUACAAGGGAUCAGUUGCUUUGCAUCUGAUCAGGCUCGGAUUAGGAAUGCUCGCGGCCAUGAUGCGGCGGAAAGAAUAAUGAAUUCUUCUUCCUAUGGAGUGAUCAUCCUCUCGAAGAAGUCAUUUGGAAAUCCUUACACCAUAGAGGAGCUCAAAUGCUUUUCGGGUAAGAAGAAUCUUGCCCCCAUUUACUUCGAAUUGGGUGCUUGUGAUUGUCUAGCGAGAGAUAUAAUCGAGAGAAGGGGAGAAAUUUGGGAAAAACAUGGCGGUGAGUUGUGGAUGAUGUAUAAUGGAUUGGAGAGGGAGUGGAGAGAAGCGGUCGACGGGCUUCUUCGGAUGGUAGAUUCGCAGUUAGAGGCGAACGGUGGUAACUUAAGGGACUGCAUAUCACAAGCCGUGGCUCUUUUGGGCACAAAAUUAGGGAGGAGGAGUGUGGUUGAUAGAAUAAAUCAAUGGAGAGAAAAGGCGGAAAGGGAGGAAUUUCCUUUCCCUCGAAAUGAAGCUUUCGUCGGUCGGGCUAAAGAAUUAUCAAAUUUGGAGCUAAUUCUGUUCGGCGAUGUCCGUGGAGAUGGAGAGAAAGAAUACUUUAAGCUCAAACCAAGGCAUGCGCAAAAUGGUCGUAGAGAUAUCGAUAUAAAGGAGCAACAAAGAGAAAACAGCGUGAGAGGAAAAGAACCGGUUUUGUGGAAAGAAUCCGAGAAAGAAAUUGAAAUGCAAAGGCAAUGUCGCACUUUGCGAGCUAAUUUUGGAGGGAGGUGUAGAAAGAAGAAAAGAUCAACAAAUAUCCUCUAUGGGAAGGGUAUCGCGUGUGUUUCUGGGGACGCAGGAAUCGGCAAGACCGAGUUGGUUCUGGAAUAUGCGUAUAGAUAUUCUCAAAGGUACAAAAUGAUUUUGUGGCUUCAAGGGGAAAGUAGAUAUAUUCGACAAAGCUAUUUGGCCCUACGUUCUCUUCUAGAAGUCGAUCUAAGUGUCGGAAACCAUUGUCAAGAGAAGGAAAGGGUAAGAUGUUUCGAAGAGCAAGAAGAAGAAGCCGUUGCUAGAAUAAGGAAAGAACUAAUGAGAGAUAUCCCCUUCUUAGUUAUUAUCGACAAUUUAGAGAACGAGAAAGAUUGGUGGGAUAGAAAAGAUAUAAUGGAUCUCAUUCCGUGCUUUGGCAGAGCAACCCACGUCAUAGUAACUACGCGCCUAACUCACAUAAUGCGUUUCGAGCCAAUGAAGCUUUCUUAUUUAUCCGGUGCCGAGGCGAUGGCUUUGAUGAAAGGGGAUGUAAAACACCACCCAUUAAUGGAAAUUGAUGCUCUUAGAACUAUCGAGGAGAAACUCGGGAGGCUUACGCUAGGCCUCAGUAUAGUAGGAGCUAUACUUUCCAAGCUUCCAAUAACUCCACGUAGGCUUCUCGACGCCAUUAAGAGGAUGCCUUUGAGGGACUUUGCAUUGGCUGAUGGAGAAGCACUCGCCUUGAAAAAGCACUUAGUGCUUGUCCAGCUUUUAGACGUGUGCCUUUCUAUAUUCGAUCAUGCCGACGGACCGAGGAGUUUGGCGUCGAGAAUGGUCCAAGUAGGUUGUUGGUUUGGUCCCUCAUCGAUCCCUAUCCAUCUAUUGGCCUUAGCUGCGGGCAAGGCUUCAGAGAAGCAUCAAAGUGCGUCCGCAUGGAAGAAGUACUUUCGCGCUUUAAGAAGCAGCUUUUCAGUUUCGCGUGUAAGGAGAUCUGAAGCAGAGGCUGCGUCCAUGUUGAUGCGAUUUGGGGUGGCAAAGGCUAGUGCGAAGCCUGAUUGUAUCCAUCUUCACGAACUUAUUAGGCUAUAUGCUCGCAAAAGAGGAGCGGCCCGCGCAGCUGUUGCUGUGGUUCAAUCGAUUUACCUUAGAGGUUCUCUGUCUCAACACUCGGAGCAUCAAUGGGCGGCUUGUUUCUUAGUGUUCGGAUUUGGGACGGAAUCUUCUUUAACGGAAUUAAGACCAACCGAGCUGCUUUUGUUCAUAAAGCGUGUUGUCCUGCCUCUCGCAGUUCACACGUUCGCCACCUUCUCUCGCUGUAACGCAUCACUAGAGCUUUUACGGGUUGCCACCGAUGCAUUGGAACUUGCUGCAGAAUCUCUACUAUCUCGCACCGAAAAGCGGCUUCUAGACAAGUCAUUUUGCUGCUCUAGACCGGUUCAAAAGCGUGCUCGUCACACGUAUCUUUGGCAGGAGCUGGCGCUUUUGAAAGCGGCUGUUUUGGAGACGAGAGCGAAGCUAAUGCUCAGAGGCGGGGAAUAUGAUAAAGGUGACGACAUCAUCAGAAAGGCUAUAUUUAUCAGGGCUUCAAUCUGCGGUGAGCAUCAUCCCGACACGGUAUCUGCUCGAGAAACACUAAGGAAACUUACGAGGCUUCUCACAAAUUUCCAGAUAUAGUUGAUUUUCUCCGGUUUGUUUCUUCAUUGCAUCACUAUAUAUUCUUUAUUGUAUUUCCGCGUAAGAAUCACAGAAAAAUCACUCAUCUUCAAAUAUCAAUGAAAUUUGUCUCAAUCAUAUAUAUAUUUCUCAAUCCAUAGAACCAGAAAAAAAAAAGCUUAGAUUAUGAUGAUGUUGAUGGUAGUUAGUUUUAGCAACUUCAUCUGUGAAUGAUGUUUCCAAAAUGGUUUAUUAACCUCCUAUAUUGCAUUUUAUUCUACUUUGUAAUGGCUCUACUAACGUAAAUCUGAGCCGCACAACGCAUCGGAGAAUUGUAUCGUGCAACCACGCGUAUACCUAACGUUCGUGGAUAUUUUGUUCGCGAUUUGAUACUGAACUCAGAAACUUAUUGUCCAUCCAAUGUGCUUUAAUCUCGA